GAUUUCCUGUCGUCAUUGUCACUGUUGCUAGCGACGAAGGAAGCUACAGCUUAACGAAGACGUGCGGAUUCGAAGGAGAUAAACAACUCUGUUUUGAUAACUUUCAAAUUAGGUACAGGACUUUUUAUAGAAUCUACAAUGGAAGAUGAACAACUGCGACAGAUUGCACAGCGUUUGGUUAAUAACGUCAUAGAGAAAGCCGUUGAUAAAAUAAAAUCCGAGAAAAAGGAAAUAGACGAAGGUUUUGACCAGGGGGUACAUGAUAUUGUAGGGCUGGCCAUUGGACGGUCAAUCACUGCCAUACGCGAAGGUCAAAGUUCGCCAACUGAUGAUAAGAUGAAGGGAUUUACUGGACAAUUGGAUAAGGAGGUAGACAGCAUUGUAGGGCUGACAAUUGGACGGUCAAUUAUGGCCAUACGUGAAAGUCACAGUUCACCAACUGACAAUAAGAUGGAGGGAAUGCUUGGCCUAAACAAGAUCUUGGUUAACGCAACACCGGAAGUAACAAUUGGCGCAACAGGAAGCAAGCCCGUGGAGGAAAGAGACACACAAAUUAAGUCAUAUGUGAAAGGUAAAGAAAAGGAUAAUCAGCUUCAGAUUGUCACCUCCGACCCCGUCAAAGACGACAAACUGGCAGGACUCGAGACAGAGCAGGCGACUGAACAUCAGAUGAGCAAGACUUCCAGCACGAAGAAUGUACUGAAACGAUUGAUAGACAGGACCCUCAAGAGAGACAAGAAAGAGGCGAAGGGCAUCAAUGCCGCCACAGCUGGUGGCAGCACCAGCACCUCAGUCGGGGGAAAGAAGCAGAGUGCAUCCAAGGCCCAUAACAAGAGAGACUGGAUACGUAGAAAUCUCCUGUGCUGCUUCGUCAGACAGACUGCCACAGUCGAGCCUCUAUUUGAAGAAAUACAGCCAGAGAAACAAGUCAUAAACAUAAAUAAGAAUAAAGUCUGUUUUGAACACUGUGCCGCAAAAUCGGAACACGAUGUGAUUUGAUUUAUAAUUAUAGAAACAAUAAGAAAAAUAAUAGUGAACGAUAUUGACAUCUGCGACGUGACCUUUACCUCAGCUAGAAAGGUCAAGGUUGGGUCAACUACAGCAUUUGGCUCAAUGUUAAAAAUAGCUUUCCUAUUUUUGAUGAUGUCUUGUUUUCACUUUUUCAUAUUAUUUCUUCUUCAAAACGUGUUGAUUUUAUGAAACGAGAACAACACAGAGUCACUAAGGAGAUAACAACUAUUUUAUAUCAUUUGUUGGGAUGUAAAAAUAAAUGUUAU